CGGGCAAGUCCAGCCUUAUCAACUUCAUCAACAGUGUCUUUCAGGGUCACAUUACCAGCAUCGCACUAGCUGACAGUGCUAUUGCAGGUGAAAGCUUCACAAUAAAAUACCAAACCCACAAAAUUGAAACAGGGAAACAUGGAAUCUACUACCCCAUCGUCUUCAAUGAUGUCAUGGGUCUGGAGGAAAGCAGUGGCAAAGGUGUGCAUAAGGAUGACAUCAUCAACGCCCUAAAGGGCCAUGUAAAAGAGGGCCACAAGUUUAAUCCAAUGUCACCAUUAUCAGAAGAGGAUCCUGGCUACAUAAAGAUCCCCAGUUCAGAAGACAGAGUUCACUGUCUAGUCAGUGUCAUGCCAGCUGAUAAAAUGGCUUUCUUGAGAGAAAGUAUAAUCCAGAAGAUGAGGGACAUCAGACUAGCUGCCACCGAUAUGGGGAUUCCCCAAAUGGUUAUUCUCACCAGAGUGGAUGAAGCCUGUCCAUCAGUAAGGAAAGACGUGAAGAACAUCUAUCUGAGCAAGUACAUAAAGGAGAAGAUGGAGCAGUGCAGUGCCAAACUGGGAGUACCAGUGAACUGCAUACUGCCUGUGAAGAACUACCAUGAGGAAAUUGACUUGAAUGAAGACAUGGAUGUGCUGCUAUUGAGAGCACUGAGGCAGAUGGUGGACUUUGCAGAUGACUUCAUCAAAAAUAUCCCUCUCAAAAUAACCCCAAAAGGUAACUGAGGAUGCAUGUAUAUUAGGGCUGACCCCAUUUAGUCGACUGGUCUAUUAAUUGGUCGAUAGGCUAUUGGUCGUCGAAUUGUUAAGUCCAGCAGUUGCAAAAACAUUUUUUAUGGCAUGUCUUGAUUGACGCCUGUCUCAGUGGACUAAUCUAUUGCGGAGGCCGCUGGGAUGUCACACCAGUAGUACAUUUACCGUUAAUUCCCAGAAUUUCUAAUCUACAAUGUUUGUUUGGUGACCAUAAUUUCUGUUAAUGUAUUCAAUAUAUUAUUAUUAGUCUUUUACAGUUCUCAUUGUGGAGUGGACACAUUAUUUGUCAUAAAAUAGGCCUACCUGAUUACGUCUUAUUCCUUGUACAAAUAGCCUACAGCUGUGUCUGUCCAGAGCUCACUGGUGCCGGAAACUCUGAGGGUCCAGAAUAUUUCAUACAAUGUUUUUAUUUGUUGGCUUUAAUUAUUUUGCAUAAUUGGUAAAGGCAAUAGAAGUUACUAAAAGAUUUGAAUAAUUUAGAUUUAGAUAUCAUUUUUAUUAAUCACAUGACAAUGAUUGAGAUAUGACGACUUUAUUAUAAAAUAAAUGAAACUGUUCCACGAAAAUGUGCAUAUUAAAAUCCUAACUGGCACGCAGAUCGGUAGAAAUGGUAAGAUGAACAGGUACUCCAAUUGGAAAAGGUUGCCGACCCCCUGGUGUAGCAUAUUACCGACAACGGAGCAUAAUGGCAGGAUCUGCAAAGGCCAGCAGCAGUGGGAGGAGGUGGUUCGGGAACAGGUUUUCACUUUGUAACACAAUAAAAUGUGAAGAAAUCCAAGGGGUAUGAUUACUUUUGCAAGGCACUGUAUAUAAAUC